UACCCAAAAAUCCUAAUUUUAAGUCUCAACAAUGUCGUUGGAAUUGGUGCCCCGCCCUGAACCGGAGAAAAUCUACCUAAUAACCUAUGAGAUGAAUGUGCCUGAAGAUUCCGGUGAGGGCCUCCACUCAAUUGUGGCCCAGAAAGCCACCGAGUUGAUGGUGUGUGGCUACAUCGCGCAUACGCACUGUGGCCGCAAGGUGGGCGGUGAACUGGAGGGCAGUGAGACUGGCCUACAACUGAUGAUCGAGUGGCUCCUGGCCAAGAGCCAAGAGAACGAUCUGGGGGACGGGGAGAAGAUCAAAAGCCAGAUGACGGAGCCACGAUUCUCAGAGUGGAAGCUGCAAUCAGGGGCCAAAUACGAUGAUUUUUUCUGCUGUUGAGUGCUGCCAAGAGGAGUUGAUUAAAAAUCGCAAAUUGCAUUGG